AUGUUCGCGCGACUCACCCAGCUGUCUCGGCAUCUCCCCUCGGCCCAAUCGAUAACACAAGCCGUUAAGCCCACCGCUUUCCCAGUCUCUUCCGGCAUCGCCCGCAGCAGCAGAAUCAUGGUUUCGGCAGACGAGCGCAACACCCGCACGAUUCACACGGCGGCGUGUCUUAUUAUCGGAGAUGAAGUCCUCGGCGGAAAGACCAACUCGGCUUACAUGGCCAAGUGGUGCUUUUCUUUGGGCAUUAACUUGAAGAGAGUCGAAGUCAUUGAAGACGAUGAGAGCGAAAUCGUCGAAGCCGUUAGGCGCAUGAGCGAUCGUUACGACUUUGUGGUAACCAGCGGCGGCAUCGGUCCAACACACGACGACAUCACAUACCAGUCAAUAGCAAAGGCCUUUGACCUGCCCCUCGUCCUGAACCAGGAAGCCUUCGAAAAGAUGAAGAAGCUCUCCAAGCCGCACCCGGGCCAGCCAAAUUUCGACUGGGACGUCGACUCGCCCGCCCUGCAGGCGAAGCUGCGCAUGGUCAUCCUCCCCACCGACGAGAAGCGCGACCCCAAGAAGCAAUUCGUCUUCCCCCACGAGGACCUCUGGGUGCCCGUCAACGUCGUCAACGGCAACAUUCACAUCUUGCCGGGCGUCCCGCGACUUUUUGAGAAGCUCCUCGACGGGUUGAAGCCAGGCAUCGUGCCCCGGCUCACCGAUCCCGAGGGCAAGGGCCUCUGCCGCGUGCUCAUUUCUACUCCGCUCCCGGAGAGCGCCGUCGCCGGCUACCUGACGCAACUCGCGGCCAAGGUCGAGCCCAAGGGCGUCAAGGUCGGCAGCUAUCCCCGGUGGGGCCAGAACGGCACCGUGACGUUGGUUGGAAGGGACCAGGCUUACAUCGAGAGCAUCGUGGCCGAGGUUGUCCAGGGUGUCGAAGGAAAGCGUGUAAACGCGGAGGGUGAGGAUGAUACCCAGGGCGAAGCAGGGAAAGAUCUCGAAUAA